AUGUCCCGCCACAACUCCUCCACUUUCCCUUCUUGCUUCCGCCCCUCCACCGCCAAACCCACCGACCUCCGCCACUCCUCGCCGCCUCCACCUCCUCCCCCGCCAAUCUCCGGCCAUCCCAACCUCACCACGUGCCUCUACCACACCGACCUCGCCCUCUUCUCCCUCACCUGGUCCCGCUCCUUCCUCGGCCGCUCUCUCCACCUCAACACCCUCCACCACUCCUUUGACUCUCCCCUCCCUCCUUCUCUCUCCUCCGCCUCGCCCCCUUCCUUCCACCUCCACAUCAAACCCUUCAUCUUCUGGAAGAAGCAUGGCUCCAAGAGGCUCUCCCCCAACACUCGCAUCUUCUGGGAUCUCUCCAGGGCCCGGUUCGGGUCCGGACCCGAACCCCAAUCCGUGUUCUACAUCGCCGUCGUCGUCGAUGACGAGAUGACCCUCCUAGUCGGAGAUUUGACCAGAGAAGCCUACGCCAAAACCAGAGCCCACAAAGCCCAGACUCCCCAAAUCCCAAUUCUGAAACGGGAGCAUGUGGUCGCCAAGAAAAUCUACACCACGAAAGCGAGAUUUGGUGGGAAGCUGAGAGAGAUCCAAAUCGACUGCGGGUACGGCAACGACCUGAGCCGGCUAUGUUUCAGCGUGGACGGCCAGAGGGUUCUGCAGAUAAAGCGUUUGAAGUGGAAAUUCAGAGGCAACGAGCGAAUCGAAGUGGACGGGGCGCCGCUGCAGAUCUCGUGGGACGUGUACAAUUGGUUGUUCGAGAGCGACAGUGACGACGGGCACGCCGUGUUCAUGUUCAGGUUCGAAGAAGACGAAGAAAUCAACAAAGAGAGCAAUAAUUGCCAGCUGGGUCAUUUAAAUUCAUGGAAUUUUGGGAUGAAUGGGAUCGAGUGGAGGAAGAUGGGGAAGAGCUUGUCGUCUUCUUCGGUGUCGAUGUCGUCUGCAGGGUCUUCUGGAGGGAGCUCGUCGGUGAUGGAGUGGGCUAGUAUGGAGGAAAGUGAGCUCAGCGGCGGUCCUACUGGGUUUUCUUUGCUGGUUUAUGCCUGGAAAAGGUGA